CCAUCGGCUGGCGAGGCUGGGCCGCUGCGGGGCCGGGGCUCGGCCCGUGCCGCGGGGGAGAAGGAGCCGGUUCGGCGGUAACCGCUGCGGUAUACGGGGCAGUCGGGCGCGGAGUCCGGGGCGCGCCGAGCCCGAGCCGAGCCAGCGCUGCGCCGGCGCGGAACCGACCCGCCUUGCGGCCAGCCCAGCCCGCGGCGGCCCGCUCACCCCUCCCGGGGCCAGAGCCGGGCCUGGGGGCGGCCGCGGGACCGGCGCAACUGCGGGGCGGGGCUGGAUAUUAACCAUCCCCCGGCCAGUGGCUGUGGCAGAGCCGGGCUUCCCCGCUGGCAGCCGGUGCCUGGCACCUGCCCGUCCCUGCCCAGAGGGGGCUGCACGCCGCGGGGUGCUCGUGCGGCCCUAGGGGUGAAAGAUAGAAAAGCCCGUUUUAUGACCGAGAUUUGUCCUGGUGUUUUCUGAAGGGCAAACGGCCCUGCCCCUCAGGGCCACAUGGGUGAUUAUACAGAGGUUAAAGUGAAAAUACCUUUUGGAAAUAAAUACCUAGACGCUAUCUUUUCUGUCCCAGACAAGAUUUUAACACACGGAGUGAUUCUUACUCAUGGAGCUGGAGGAGAUAUGGAUUUCUCUCAUUUAGUUUCUUUGGUAGCCUAUCUUGCAUCCCGUGGACUUCUGUGCUUGAGAUUUACCUGUAAAGGCCUUAACAUUGCUUAUAGGACUAAAGCAUAUAAAACAGUUGUGGAAUAUUUAAAGUCCUCUGGUGAAUAUAAACUUUCUGGUGUCUUUCUUGGAGGUCGUUCGAUGGGUUCACGAGCCGCUGUCUCUGUGGCACGUCAGAUUAGCCAGGAUGACAAUGAGGAUUUCAUUCACGGUCUGAUAUGUUUAUCUUAUCCACUUCAUCAACCAAAGCUUCAGUCCAAACUCCGGGAUGAAGAUUUAUUUUUUAUUAAGUGUCCUGUGCUGUUUGUCUCAGGAUCAAAAGAUGAGAUGUGUGAAAAAAAAUUAUUGGAAGGUGUGGCAAGCAAAAUGAAGACCCCUAAAAAAAUUCAUUGGGUUGAAAAAGCAAACCAUGGCAUGACAGUGAAAGGACGAACAGCAGAUGAUAUUAUGAUGGAAAUAAGCACACAGGUUUUUUCAUGGAUCAAAGAAAUAAUUGAACAGGAGUACAAAUAAUUUCCAACAGUUAAACAUCAGUUACAUUAACCUUCCUUAAAUGUAAAGGGCUUGUUUGACUUGCCAAAGAGAGCAUUAGAAAAGAGCCAUUCCUACAUGAGGCCUACAUGAUUCAGAACAGGUCAUUCUGCAAAUAUUAAGUGUAAACAUACAUAAAUAUUUUUGAAUCCAAAACCGCUAUGCAAUGUGAACAAGGUAGUAAUACCAUUUUUUAAAGGUGAAGAUCACAAAACAUGUAAAAUAUUAACGAUGGGGCACUACUUUUCUAUAUUUCAGUUUUAGUGGUGUAUCCAUUUGUUGGUCUGUGUGACCAAACAAUACCUUUUUAUUUUUUUUGGUACUGUUUAGUUAGUGUGUUUUCAAAGAUUACUGCAAAAUAAACUACAUUUUCUACUGGA